UCUUUAAGUGUAUCCAUCAAUACUCUACCUCAAAGGGUGGAUCAGCCCCCGUUCACAAGUAAUUGAUACUACAACAAAAAAAUGGAUUCUUUUCUACAAUAUUGUGUUGGGUUUCCGCUUUUUAUGAUUCUCCAUUACUUCUCAGCUGCUUUGGAUAUCAUUUCCAUCUAUAAAUCAGCUGAGUUUAUUUCGAAGUAGCCAACUUAAACUUAACUCAAAAAACAGAAGAAACUAACAUGCCGGCGAGACGCGAUUCCCUCAGGCCUGGUGACCACAUCUAUUCUGAUCGCUGUCUAUACGUCUAUUUUCACCAUGGCAUAUACGUAGGGAAAGCGACUGUGACCAACUCGAGAAACGAAGAAAAAGAAACAGACGACGCGGUUAUUCACUUCCUGGGAGUUGGCAAAUCCACCAGUAACCCCCCAUGCAAAAGAUGUGGUCACUGCUCUCAAAGAAUUGGAGUUGUUAUUACCUGCCUCGAGUGUUUCCUGGAAGGUCAGUCACUCUAUGUCUAUGAAUAUAAUGUCCCUUACUUGAAGUUGCGUUUCAAGAGGAGCGGAACUUGCAGUGUUAACCCCAGCAGGCCGGCGGAUCAGGUUUUGAAGACAGCAUUUGGUUACCUCAAAGACCAAAACUUCGGAAAGAAAUACAACUUUUUUUUUAACAAUUGUGAGGACUUUGCAACACGAUGUAAAACGGGGGAUGCAAUGAGCAAUCAAUUUGCUGGAACGGUUUUCGGAUUUGGUUUGACGGGUGUUGUAGCUUAUAAAGCUGCUAAAGGGAUAUAUGAGGCAAUCACUGAAGACUAAAAAACAAAAAAAUUCAAGAAAGUGAUCAGGAAAUAUUUAAGGACCAAAAGCUAUUAUAUAUACAUAUAUAUAUAUAUAUAUCUAAAAAUAUAUGUAAUAGGCUUUUCAAGUAUCAAUAAAUAAAUUGUCACUUUGCCGGGCUCAGGGUUGCCAGUGAUGUGGCUAGGGGUUUGUGGUAUUUAUCUUUGUACUAAAAACAACAAUGAAGGAAUGUAUAUUACAU